AAUUGUCAGAAGAAUUUAUUUUUCAUUCAGCACAAGUCGGUCGUUUAAUUUGGAAUGAAGCUAACAAUAUCGGUUAUUUUCGCAACUAUCUGCUUAGCAGCAGGAGCAGUAGUUGAAAGUUCAAACAUUUUCGAAAGAAAUUUUAAAUCUUUACAUCAGGAGCCUCCACCACCAUUGACCAAAACCCGAGCACAAGUCAAAACCAGCUGGAUUGAUCAGAAGUUGGAUAAUUUCGAUGCAAAAGAAACAAGAACAUGGCAAAUGCGAUAUAUGUCCAACGAUGAAUUUUUUGUCCCUGGAGGACCAAUUUUUAUAUUUGUCGGUGGAGAAUGGGCUAUUUCAAGUGGAUACAUUACAGGUGGGCACAUGUACGAUAUGGCCAAGGAACACAAAGGAGCAUUGUAUUACACAGAACAUAGGUUUUAUGGCGAAAGCAAACCAACGAGUGAUCUUCGUACUGAAAACCUUAAAUACUUGGAUGUCAAACAAGCUUUGGCUGAUUUGGCAAAUUUUAUCACGACUAUUAAGAAAACUGUAAAUGGAAUGGAAAAUUCUAAAGUUAUUCUGACAGGUGGAUCUUAUUCAGCUACAAUGGUGACAUGGUUUAAGCGAUUGUACCCGAAUUUGAUUGUUGGAGCUUGGUCUUCAAGUGCUCCACUUUUGGCAAAAGUUGAUUUUGUUGAAUAUAAAGAAGUCACUGGACAAUCUAUUAAACUUGUUGGAGGAGAAGCAUGUUACAAAAGAAUCCAAAAUGGUAUAGCUGAACUUGAAAAAAUGAUGAGUAAUAAACGAAGUGCUGAAGUCAAAGCAAUGUUAAAAAUUUGCAAUAAUUUUAAUGAAAAGAAUGAAUUAGAUGUUUGGACUUUGUUUAGUGAAAUUUCUGAUUUAUUUGCUGGAGUUGUUCAGACUCACAGCAAAAAUGAUAUUCAAAAUGCUUGUAAAAGUAUUAUGGAAGGAGAAGAUGAUGUGACAGGGGUUGCUAAAUAUGUUUUGAGAAAUUUUGGAACAUCAGGUUGCUCAGAUGUUUCAUACAAAGCCCUGGUGACAUCGUUAUCAGAGUCAUCAUACACAAGUGGAAUGAUGCGACAAUGGUAUUACCAAACUUGCAAUGAAUAUGGUUGGUAUCAAACGUCCGGAUCUUCGGCGCAACCAUUUGGAAGCAAAUUUCCUGUAGAUUUAUAUGUAGCUGCAUGUAAUGACGUGUACCAGAUAACAAAUGAGACAAUUCAUCAAAAUGUUGAUAAAUCUAACAAAGACUUUGGUGGAUUAAAUCCAAAUGUAGAAAAUGUUUACAUUACUCAUGGUCAAUUAGAUCCAUGGAGUUCAAUGGGAAUUACAGAUUCUAAUAAGGCUACUGUUAUCCCUCUAUAUGCUCAUUGUAAGGAUUUUGGAUCAAUUAGCUCAUCGGAUUCAUCUGAAAUGAGAGCUUCUAAGCAAAAUAUCGCAAACUUAGUGCGGGAAUGGUUAAAAUAGUUUAAUUUAAAUUAAGAACAAAAAUUGUAGGUAAUACAUUCCCUGAAAUCAAAAACUAAAAUAAAAAUUGAUAAAAUUUGUAA